GGCGGGCCACAUAGAUCACUUAUUGGCUCCGUUCCAUGGUCGUGAGGGCGGUGUACGUGGUGCUUAGUGGGAGACAUACGGUGACGAUGGUGCGGCGGUCAUUUUCAUCGGCUGGCUAUGCUCUCUCCGAGACUUGAAGACUUGAGAGGAGACAUUGAAUUGGGUUAAGGCCCAAAUUGUGGUCUUUUCAUCGCAACAAAUUUUGGUCUCUCGUCUCCUUCCAGGCCAAACUGGCCCUUUAAGGCCCAUCUGAAGCUUAAAGGGCUGCCUUGACGUGCUCCGCGUCUCCCUCGACAAGAAGCCACGAAAGCAGGCGCCGCCAGGAGCACGAAGCCGGAUCGGUUCGACGGGAGUUAGCCGCCGCGCCGCCACACCCUCGGAAAGCAGGAUCAGAUCUCAACAGAGCAUAUGAAGAAGCGACGUGGAGGCGAUCACCAUUCUUGGCGAAUGGAGAGAUUGGGCCAGCUUGCCGUCGUUACCACUGGACGACAUCGCCGACCGGUUGCUCCGCUACGACGUGGCCGAGUACCUCCGCCUCCGCGCCGCCUGCAAGGACUGGAGAACCUGCACCGCUGACCCACGCGAGGGCGGUGACCUCGACAGCCGCUUCCGCCCUCGCCGCUGGAUCAUGCUCUCCAACAACGCCGACGGCGCCCGCCGCCGCUUCCUCAACCUCGUCACGGGCGCGCUCGCCCACGUCGACCUCCCAGAGCUCUCGAUCAGCCACCACAUGGAAACCACCACCGAGGGCCUCCUGCUCCUGCGCCACAGGGACAGCCAUGCCGUUGGUCCUCAACCCGCUCACCAAGACCCUGACUCAUCUCCCGCCGAUCACCGUGGAACUGGAGAGCGUGUACCCUUCCGCAUGUCCACAGCGCCUCGUCUACGCCGGCAUCUCCGACGAGACAUCACCGCCGACAAUUGUGCUUUUUGUGAGAGGCAAGGUGUGUGCCAUCCUUUAUGCCAAGCUCGGCGACCAGCGGUGGGCGGACAUGGAAGACGAUGCCGUCAGAUCCCUCCCCUUCUUUCGUUUCCCAUCCUAUGAGACGCUGCUCGAUUACAUAACUCACUUAUCGGUGUCGACGAUACUGGGGAGCAUCUAUUUGGCAUCGUUUGAGGGGAACAUAUUGAAGUUUGUUCUUCAUCCCAAGCCUAUGUUGGUUCCUGUGGCCAUUAGCCAGCCUUUCAACAAGUCGCCUUCUCGGUCGACCUUCUACCUUGUCCCGGUGUACGACCACACUGGCAUGAUCAUGGUGCGCUACUACCCAAACCUUGACCACCUUACGGUUCGCGAGAGGGCAUCCAUGAAGAGCAGAAAAAACAGAGAUGUCAUCAAGAUGGAUGGCCAUUUGAGGAAGUGUACCUGGCGGCCAAUCCAGGUGUUCAAGGUUGACCUGACUGGAAACAGGCUUGUCCAGGUUGAGGACAUCGGCCACCGCACGCUGUUCGUCGGUAGCCUGGCGUCCCUCUCCCUCUGCAGCAAGAGGUGUCCAUCCGUGCCUGGGAAUGCGGUCUACUUUGGGGUCAUCCGGACCAAAUUGUCUAACAUUGGUGUGCGCUAUCUGGGGGACAAGAGUAUUGAUCCACCGAUUGAAUUUGUCUUGGUGGAUGCAAAUCCAAAUUCAUGCUGCUUCAAGCAGCCAUUACCCCUUGCACGCCCCUGUACGCUCCAAGAGUACCUCGUCUGCUACACUGCAGCCUACUGUGGUCUCAAAGACUGAAUCUUCGGUUGCUGUUCAUGUACCCACGAAGACCUUGUCUGCUCUCCACCGCAUCAAAGCAUCAGUGGCUGUUCUGUGCCCUUUGGAUGGACUGUCCUAAACUUGUUACUUUUUCUUCCGUGCCAAUUUCAGUGAGUAGUUAAUCUAUCUUUGUUUUAUGUCUCGGAUUUGGUUUGUUCUUAGAAACCAUAUGUUGUCAAUCAAA